ACCGGAUGUGACGUGCCGUAUAAGUCGCUGUGUAACCGUGUAACUUCCAGGUCCCAGCCCCGUGGACUCAGUAAAAAUCGCUCUUUCCUCACCUUUCUCCGCCAAACUAAGCGCCUUUGGGUGUCAUCGCGGACCGGACCCGUGCCUCGGACCCAGAGUCCCAUUUUGUCUUGAUCAAGGCCACUGUAAAACUUUCCAAAUGAGCGACGGGGAGUGCGACUUCUUCUGCUUCUUCCGCUGCUGCUGAGGAAGAGUCUCCGGACAGGAAGGGAACCAUUUCAGCCAAUCGGAGCGGGGCGUGCGGGCGGGUAGGCGGGCCGUCUACCUGUCUGGGCCAAUCGGAGCGUGGAUGUCCGUGGACAUGAACAGCCAGGCGUCAGACAGCAACGAGGAAGACUUCGGGGUGAACUCGGAGGAAGAGGAGGAAGAUGGCGGCGAGGAGGAGGAGGCGGGGGACAUGGAGGGGUAUUACGACGAUGUAGCGAGCGACGUCGAACAGCAGGGGGCAGACUCGUUUGACCCGGAAGAGUACCUGUUCACGUGUCUCACCUAUAAGGAGAGCCAGAGGGUCCUGACGGAGGAAGUCAACACUGUGGCGGCCGCGCUCAAGGUUUUGCCGUCUGAAGCAAAGCUGAUCCUGGUGCAUUUCCACUGGCAGGUUUCACAGAUAAUAGAAAGAUACAAGUCGAAUUCUUCACUGGUUUUGUCAGACGCUCUGGUUCAGCCCAGCAGCAGCAGCAGAUCAGUCUCUAGCCUCCCUCCGCUGCAGUGUGGCGUGUGUCUACAGGUGGUCCGCAGAGACGCGCUCCUGGCUCUGCCCUGUCAGCACUCCUUCUGCAAAGCAUGCUGGGAGCAGCACUGCACCGUCCUGGUCAAAGACGGGAUGGGAGUCGGUAUCUCGUGUAUGGCUCAGGACUGCUCUCUGCGCAUGCCUGAGGAUUUUGUUUUACCGCUGCUGCCCGGAGAUGAGCUGAAAGAAAAAUAUAGACGCUACCUCUUCAGAGACUACGUAGAGAGUCACUUCCAGCUGCAGUUGUGUCCUGGAGCUGACUGUCCCAUAGUGAUCAAAGUCCAGGAGCCCAGAGCGCGCAGAGUCCAGUGCAGCCGCUGCUCUGAAGUAUUCUGCUUUAAAUGCCGUCAGAUGUACCACGCACCCACAGACUGUGCAACCAUCAGGAAAUGGCUAACCAAAUGUGCCGAUGACUCCGAGACGGCCAACUACAUCAGCGCACACACUAAAGAUUGUCCUAAGUGCAAUAUCUGCAUUGAGAAAAACGGCGGGUGCAAUCACAUGCAAUGCUCCAAGUGCAAACAUGACUUCUGCUGGAUGUGUCUGGGCGACUGGAAGACUCAUGGCAGUGAAUAUUAUGAAUGCAGCCGUUACAAAGAAAACCCCGACAUAGUGAACCAGAGCCAACAGGCCCAGGCCCGAGAGGCGCUCAAGAAAUACCUCUUCUACUUCGAGAGGUGGGAGAAUCACAACAAGUCUCUGCAGCUGGAGGCUCAGACAUAUCAGAGGAUUCAGGAGAAAAUCCAAGAGAGAGUCAUGAACAACCUGGGCACGUGGAUCGACUGGCAGUACCUGCAUAACGCUGCCAAGCUGCUCGCCAAGUGUCGCUACACAUUACAAUACACCUAUCCAUAUGCUUAUUACAUGGAGUCUGGUCCCCGCAAGAAACUGUUUGAGUAUCAGCAGGCACAGCUGGAGGCUGAGAUCGAGAACCUGUCGUGGAAGGUGGAGCGGGCAGACUCGUACGAGAGAGGAGUGGUGGGAGGAGAGGAGCUCAGUGCCAGUGACAGAGGGGACUUGGAGAACCAGAUGCACAUCGCAGAGCAGAGGAGACGCACACUGCUCAAAGAUUUUCACGACACAUAAGACUCCUCCUCCUCCUUCUGUCUCUCCUCUCUCCUCCUCCCUUCUGCCUACAUCGCUCUCCCUCCAUCCCUCCAUCCCUCUUUCACUUUCACAUCUCUUGUCUUUUUUUCUUUUAGAAUUUUUUUUUUUUUUUCUUCUUCUUUCACUCUCAA